UUUAGGAUUUUUUUAGGUAUGUUUGACUUGAAACCAAAGCAAUCAGUGUCCCAAAUUCCCAAUUCAUAGACCUAACCCUCCAUUUCAGACCGUCCGAUUCUAAAGGUAUCCAAAUCUGACGGUGAUCUUUAUUUUGACGCAGAACCGCUUCACUGCAGCUCCAUCUCCUUCCUCAGUAGAAGCAGACACAAAACCUUCCUUUCAAACCCUAAUUAUUCCAAAUUCGAUUUCUAGCUGCCAAAUUUCUCCCCAAAUCCGCACCUUCUAUACACCCAGAUCGUUUUUAUUCUCUCUCCCAAUAUCCAGCUAUCGAAUUUGCAAUCUUUCUCUAUGGAAAACGAGGAGAAAAUUCCCGACAUUGAGAAAAUUGGAAACGAAAUUGAAGAUACCGAACCCAUAGAACUCGUUCUCUUUCAAGUGCCCGAGUGUUACGUCUACAUAAUACCUCCAAGAAUGAGUGCAGCAUCUUACAGGGCUGAUGAAUGGGAUGUCAACAAAUGGGCAUGGGAAGGGAUAUUGAAAGUCAUUAGCAAGGGAGAAGAAUGCAUCAUAAAACUAGAAGAUAAGAACACAGGUGAAUUAUAUGCUCGGGCAUUUUUAAGAAAUGGAGAGCCGCAUCCUGUGGAACCUGUUAUUGACAGCAGCAGAUAUUUUGUUCUUCGCAUAGAAGAGAACAUAGGCGGUCGCCUUCGGCAUGCUUUUAUUGGCAUAGGAUUCCGAGAAAGAACAGAGGCUUAUGACUUUCAAGCUGCCUUACACGAUCAUAUGAAAUAUCUGAACAAAAAGAAAACUGCUGAAGAGAUGGAACAACAUUACCAGCAAAGUUCCUCAGUUGAUUAUAGUUUGAAAGAAGGAGAGACUCUUGUGCUGCAAAUCAAGAACAAUAGAAGUGGCAGCAAUGUGAAGUCCAAGUUUUUUGAGCAGGGUCCAAACAACUCCUCAGAAGAAAAGAGUGGUGGAAAAGAAUCUGUACCUUGUAUUAAGUUACCACCGCCUCCUUCAUCACCAGGUUCACCUGUCGCUACCCCGCAGAAAUCUCCAUCAACCUCACCCACAAAAUUCACCCUUGAGAAAACCGCUGAAGAAGAGAACUCUAAAACAGAACAUGGAAAUUCUCCUGAAAAUGAAAGCACACAGGAUGCAGUAGACGAUGAUUUUGGCGAUUUUCAAGCAGCUAGUUAACCACCUAUACAUUAUGCAGUUUAAAAUUUGUUAUGAUUAAGAAAAUGAAAAAUUGUGGAUACCUUGUUCAUCUGGUAUAUCACAGAUUGCUGAUUCAGUUUGGAGAUUCAAUUAUGUUCAUAGCCAACAAAAUAUCAUGAAGAAUUAACUUAUAUGCUUGUUAUUCGUUUGGUGAUUGUCUUAGACUGUAGGGUACUAGUAUGAGAGCUUUUCUCGUUCUUUGAGUCACUUUAUUUCAGUUUUAUGCUUUGUUUACAUUUCUCAUA